AUGUUCGAAUUGGAUAUAGCAAAUUAUCUUGACAGUACAUUAUACAAAGAUUGGACAAUUUUUGACAUGAUAUCAUCUACACAAUUUCAAUUGUCUGUGAAUAGAAUCGAUAUAUUUCUCAAAGAUUUAAACACAGUACAACAAGCAUAUCAUGAAAAAUGCAAUAUACAUGCGUCCGCAAAAAAGAAAUUAAAGAAGAUUAUAAAAGAUUAUGGCAAAGAUGAAAUAGAGCGUUUGAUCAGUAACCAAGAUGAUAAUACCGAAAUAAGUAUAGAGUAUGGAAGUGAUAUCGAUAUACAAAAUGACAAUCAGGAUCAAGAAAAUCAGGAAACGGACAAUGAAGAAGUUGAGAUUGUAGAUAGGCAUAGAGAACGAGACUUUAUCACCAAAGUUCUUGUAAAUAUAUUCGAUCGUCUUUUAGAAGAAUUCGAUGAUUCUAUUUUUGAACUUAAUUGGAUUGAAAUAGAGUCUUGCAGUGUUACAAAUCGAAAGCGAAAAGCAAUUCAUGAAGAAUACACAGUACUUACUUCUGAUGCAAAAAAGAUGGAUUUAAUAGUUAAACUACGAAGAUUUGAAAGCGAAGUAUUACUACUUAAAGUAGGAAAUACGAUGGGGCCUAUUGAUGAUACAAAAAAUAGAAGAGAUCAUUCUAAACUUAAAAUAGUAAUGAAAGAUUGUUUAGAUGCGUUAAAAAAUAACUUACAUUUUAAAAAGAUAGAUCUUGAAGAAAUCUUCAUUAUCGGAAUUCAAGUUACUAGCAGAAAAUGGACGAUCUAUUCACUUUCAUAUAACAGUUUACAAAACUUCUAUUUUUUCGUUGAAAUGGCAACAUUAAUAUUUCCGAAAACACUUCAAGAUAUGGAAAUUGAGUUGCCAAUAUUUUUAGAAAAAAUUUUGGCAUUAAGAAUCAAGCCAAAAAAAUACAGGAAAUGGCUCAUAAAAGAUCUAGUACGGCAAGCUCUCCUCCUGUAA